GGCGAGAGGGCGCCUCAGUCGUCUACCGGAGCCCACCAGGGACGCGUCCUGUCCAGAGCUCCUCGAACGGUUCGGAGUUUGCCUCGGAGUCUCUUUCUCUCGGUCUCCAGACGAAAAUAACGAGAAGUAAGGGAAACGCUCACUCGACGGACGGUCCGCCGCGGUGUUCGUGUUAACCGAGAGAGAGAGAGGACCAACCACCGUGUGAACGUCUUUGAUACGCGCACAAGGGUUUGGAAAGAGAGAGAGAGAGAGUAAAACGUGAUCAGUGUUCGGGAUAAUCGUCCUCGCCCGGUGUUAACCCUCCGUUCGCCAAGUGAUCGUAGUACUCCCUGACUCGUAGUACUAUACGGGGAUAAUCAAGCAGUGAUCGGUCCUCGUAGCACCGGGAAACGCGCUGCGAUUCAGUUGUAUCGAGUUCCGGUACGUAUCCAGAACCGAUAGAUUAUCUCGGUUAAGCCGUUUUCGCCGCGUUCGCGUAUCGAUUCGAGUGAUACGGGCGUUGGAGAUAUAAAGUACACGCGCGUAACCCCGGAGUGAGACAAGUGUGACACGUACGGGAGGUGCGUAGAAAAGGGGUUUCGGAGGCAUCCACGGGGGACAGGCGGUCGUCUAUGUGCGCGCCCGGAGACACCGAGAGCUACCCUGGCACCUAGCGGACGACGCGGGGUGGCUUCGUCGAUCAAGUGAGUUUGAGCUGCUCGUCCCAGGGUGGCGGCGGACGGCUGCGUCUGGCGGUGGCGGCGAACGUCGGGGCGCGGCAUCGUCAGAAGCUAGUGAAAUCCAGGAAAAAGAAAGAAAGAAAGAAGAAGGAAGAGAAGAGGAGCGACGGCAACGGCGACGACGUCGAGCGUCGAGGGACAGAGUCCGAGGGUGGCGGAGGGUGGCGGUGGAUAAAGCCACGGCGACGACUUGAGCGUCGCGUCGAGGAGAGAGCGAGAGAGAGAGAGAGAGGAGGGAGUAGGUAUUACAGCCACAGUCGCCUGGUAGUGUUGUUGUUGUGGUGAGAGGUGAACGCGGAUCGGGUCGACGGGGUUUAAGGUUUCUGAAGGGGUCGGGGACAGUCGGUAAAAGGCUCGGUGGUGGCGUUUGUGAAGGCGACCUGUGGCAAGAUGGGCUGCGCCAUGUCCGCGGAGGAGCGGGCCGCACUGGCCCGCAGCAAGCAGAUCGAGAAGAAUUUGAAGGAGGACGGGAUACAGGCUGCCAAGGACAUUAAGCUCUUGCUGCUCGGUGCUGGCGAGUCUGGCAAAAGUACCAUCGUUAAACAAAUGAAAAUUAUCCACGAGAGUGGAUUCACGCCUGAGGACUUCAAGCAGUACAGGCCGGUUGUUUACAGCAACACGAUACAAUCUCUAGUCGCUAUUCUAAGAGCGAUGCCCAAUCUGGGCAUCAGCUUUUCGACCAACGAACGGGAGCCGGACUCAAAAAUGGUGUUCGACGUGAUCCAGAGAAUGGAGGACACGGAACCGUUCAGCGAGGAGCUUUUGGCGGCGAUGAACAGACUUUGGCACGACAGCGGGGUCCAGGAAUGCUUCGGCAGGAGCAAUGAGUAUCAACUGAACGACUCGGCAAAAUAUUUCCUGGAUGAUCUGGACCGAUUAGGAGCGAAGGAUUAUCAGCCUACGGAACAAGAUAUCCUGAGGACUCGCGUCAAAACAACGGGCAUAGUCGAGGUCCAUUUCUCCUUCAAGAAUCUUAAUUUCAAAUUGUUCGACGUUGGUGGCCAAAGAAGCGAACGUAAGAAAUGGAUCCACUGCUUCGAGGACGUAACCGCGAUCAUAUUUUGCGUGGCGAUGUCCGAGUACGAUCAAGUCCUCCACGAAGACGAAACGACGAACCGAAUGCAAGAGAGUUUGAAACUGUUCGACUCGAUUUGCAAUAACAAAUGGUUCACCGACACCUCGAUUAUCCUCUUCCUGAACAAGAAGGAUCUGUUCGAGGAGAAAAUUCGAAAAUCGCCGCUCACCAUUUGCUUCCCCGAAUACGCCGGGGCGCAAGAGUAUGGGGAGGCGGCCGCGUACAUCCAGGCGCAGUUCGAGGCGAGAAACAAGUCGACAACCAAGGAGAUCUACUGCCACAUGACAUGCGCCACCGAUACAAACAACAUUCAAUUCGUGUUCGACGCAGUCACAGACGUCAUUAUCGCCAAUAAUCUCCGUGGCUGCGGUCUCUAUUAGGAUAAAUACAUACGUACGAGUAUUCCCGUCGCGAGAGAAGCCGAUCGGAUCGACCGACUACUAUUACUAAUAAUAAUACUAUUACAAAUACAACUACAGUACACGCUCACAAGAUACAGUCACGAAUACGGAACACGAACACGACGUAAGACGUGUGUAUGCGUACGUGCGUGUGUAAUUUAAUCGCGAGCCAGUGGGAGUGCGUGAGAGAACGAGAGACUGAAUUUCUCGACUCGACUCGACUCGACUUGACUUGAGUUGCCGCGGCUUCGCCCGGGCCUGUGCAGCAGUUUUCAAUCACAGAUCAUAGGUAUGCUACCGCAGAGACGGUCCCAUAAAUGAUGCAAGUAAAAUUCGCUUAUUGAAAUUCAUAAGUCGUUCUGUUCCUUUCAUCAUUCGUUUAACACUCUAAAAAUCGAGCUUGAAUCAUUGUAAUUUUAUGUAAUUAGAAUAACCAUUGCCACGAAUCAGGACUGUCCUUUUUAUAUUAAACGAAGCCUAGGUAAUUAAUACGUAAUUGUUAAUUUAUCGAAAUAUUUGCGUGAUUUAUGGGACGAGCUCGUUCGCGCGUCCGAAUUAUUCUUUGAAUGGAAGAUACUACGGCUGACUAACAAUAAGCUUAGGGUUCGUGGGGCCCAAUAUAUCUUUUUACGUACGGUUCCCGCUGCACCCAGUUAUGCUACGUCCUAUGGGAUUUUCGCGCGUGGCUUAAGUUGCACGGGCUUGAGCGUCGACCCGACCUACGACUUGAACGUCUUUUCGACUGUGGCUGUACGAGGAGAUCUGUGUGCCAGAGAGGGAGUGAGUGAUAGUGUUGUGAUGUAUUUGAUGUGAAGGAGAGAUACACCUACCACCCGCUACUACCACCUGUGGAUACCUUCUCUUCUUAGGAGUCUCGUUUUUUAUUUAAAAUGAAGACCGCGAAUGUUUUAACGGGAAAGUUUGCAAGUGGAUCAACUUUUUUUUGUUCUUCUCGAACAAGGUAAGAAUUUCUUUGUUUUUUCUUGUUGUUCAGAAAUGUUUCUGCAUAUCCCUGUUUAUUUAUAUCGUUAUUUAUAUUAAUUACUUUUUUAUUUAUUAUUCACGUAAUUCGAAGAGUUACAGUUUUUUUAUAUAUUUUUAUUUAAAUUCAUUUGAUCUUAAUUGCAAAUUUAUAUACACAUUCGCGAUCUUUUACCGUGCGGACCUUCACAUUUUUCUUUGUUGCUAAAAGAUUCGAAGCGAUAGGGUCGUGAACGAUCUCAACGCAUCAUUGGAUUUCACUUUAAUACGAAUAAUUAAUUGAUCAUCUCUUGAAAGAUGGUGGGAAAUGUUUAGAAGGGAAGGCACGAAUUUUUCACAAGUUUUUUCAUCGAUUUUCGCGACCAGUCGCACAAAGACCAAUCACGAAGCACACUCGAAUCUAUUCAUCUUUCAUACGAAUUAUAAAAUUAAGAAACGGAUGAAACUGAAAGUAUAGUAAAUUUUCUCCAAGUAGAAAAUUAAACUUGAAACCUUGACAUAUCAUGUCACUUCUAAUUCAAGCCACUUUGUACCUUU